CACAAACAUCUAACAAACAUUCUCUUCCUACCCACAUCCUCCUUCAUAAUAUAUUUUUUUACUCCAGAGUUUGGUUGUACUUUUAACUGAAAUGACCAGAUUUAAUUUGCACCAUUUGUCCAUGAACAAUUAAUUUUUUAACUUGUGGCUCUGCAAAUUUUUACUUCUGCAAAAUUUAUUUUGAACUCAGCUGAAGCAAAGCCCCAUGCUCAGAGGCAAAGCUCCAACCACACACAUGUCCUCUGUCAUUGCUCCAUCCAAUCCCUCUGGCUCCACGGGACCAAAAGAGGUGGAGUUGAUGCUGGUAAAGGAGCAGAACGGUGUUCAGUUCACCACCUCUGCCCUGGUUGUACCGACAGGCCAGACUCAUCCAUCUGGAGAGGAACGAGAAACCUGGGCCAAGAAAAUCGACUUUCUGCUGUCAGUCAUUGGCUUUGCAGUGGACCUUGCUAACGUCUGGAGGUUCCCAUACUUAUGCUACAAGAAUGGAGGAGGUGCCUUCCUUGUCCCCUACUUGUUCUUCAUGGUGAUUGCUGGAAUGCCACUUUUCUAUAUGGAAUUAGCAUUGGGACAAUACAACCGAGAAGGUGCUGCAGGAGUAUGGAAGAUUUGUCCAAUAUUUAAAGGUGUUGGCUUCACAGUGAUCCUUAUCUCACUAUAUGUUGGUUUCUACUAUAAUGUCAUCAUUGCCUGGGCACUUUUCUACCUGUUCUCGUCAUUUUCCUCUGAGCUGCCAUGGGUUGACUGCAACAACACGUGGAACAGCGCAAACUGCUCUGACCUCAAUGCUACCUCUCUGAAUGACUCGCACAAAGCCACUCCUGCUUUGGAGUAUUUCGAGCGUGGUGUGCUGCACAUUCAAGACAGUGCAGGGAUUGAUAAUCUUGGCCUGCCUCGUUGGCAGCUCACUUCCUGUCUUGCUGUAGUCAUUGUGGUACUGUACUUCAGUCUGUGGAAAGGAGUCAAAACCUCUGGCAAAGUGGUGUGGAUCACUGCCACAAUGCCUUAUGUGGUUCUGACGGUUCUUCUGCUGCGUGGUGUGACUCUGCCUGGAGCCAUCGAUGGCAUUAAAGCCUACCUGAGUGUGGACUUUCUGCGCCUGUGUGAUGCUCAGGUCUGGAUUGAAGCGGCAACACAAAUCUGCUUCUCUUUAGGAGUCGGCUUCGGUGUUUUAAUCGCCUUCUCCAGCUACAACAAAUUCACCAACAACUGCUACAGAGACGCCAUCAUCACCAGCUCCAUCAACUCACUGACCAGCUUCUUCUCUGGGUUUGUCAUCUUUUCCUUCCUGGGCUACAUGUCCCAGAAACACAACGUGGCCCUUGAUAAAGUGGCCACUGAUGGUCCUGGUUUGGUGUUUAUAAUUUACCCAGAAGCCAUUGCAACACUGCCAGGCUCCUCUGUCUGGGCUGUGAUAUUCUUCAUCAUGCUGCUCACUCUGGGCAUCGACAGUGCUAUGGGUGGCAUGGAAUCAGUGAUAACAGGACUCAUUGAUGAAUUCAAGUUCCUGCACAAACACAGAGAACUGUUUACACUCUUCAUUGUGGUGUCCACCUUCCUCAUCUCCCUGCUCUGCGUAACGAACGGAGGAAUCUAUGUGUUCACAUUGUUGGACCACUUUGCGGCAGGGACAUCGAUCCUCUUUGGUGUGCUGAUUGAAGCCAUCGGCAUUGCCUGGUUUUAUGGUGUGGAUCGUUUCAGCGAUGAUAUCCAGGAGAUGAUUGGGCAGAGACCAGGAAUUUACUGGAGGCUCUGCUGGAAAUUUGUCAGUCCCUGUUUCUUGCUGUUCAUGGUGGUAGUUAGCUUUGCGACCUUUAACCCCCCGAAAUAUGGCUCCUACUCGUUUCCAACGUGGGCCAACAUGCUCGGCUGGUGUUUGUCUAUUUCCUCCAUGAUCAUGGUUCCCAUCUACGCCAUCUACAAGUUUUGUGUCCUGCCUGGAAGCUUCUGUACCAAACUGGCGUAUGCCAUUACACCAGAGACUGAGCAUCACCUGGUUGAGCGUGGUGAGGUGCGACAGUUCACGCUUCAUCACUGGCUGGUGGUGUGAAUGUGUUGGAGAAAUAAGUUAAUUCCUCCAGCUCUGUAGGGAGCGCUGUGUACCAAACAAGCCGUACGUCUCGUCCUUCUUUCUCGUAUUAUAAAAAAAAGAAAUGUGUGGCAGUGAUGUGGUUUUUGAUCACAAUAGGUUCUGUCAAAAAAUAUGUAACCCAAGUACAGGCUAUAUCCCACACGCUAGUGAGAAAACUUGCCCCAUACAAAUGAUCUAACUAAUAAAUAGAAUUUGCUCGAACACUGUUUGUGAUAGUGAUCUUUUAUAUUUAUUUUAGUGCUAAAGCAAUUGUGUAGUACACAAAUUUUCUCAAACACUUUGAUAGUUAAAUAUAUAUAUUUUAUAAUUGCAGAUGCAAAUAGUAUGAUUUUAUUAUUAUUAUUAUUAUUAUUAUUAUUAUUAUUAUUAUUAUUAUUAUUAUUAUUAUUAUUAUUGCUCUGAGACAGGGACAAUGGUGUGACCUUCAAAAACUCUAGCGUUUGGGACAUGGGCAAAUUCUCUCUAUAUGAUGACUGUUAUGAUGACUGUUUACUGUUUAUAUAUAUUAUUUUGUGAUUAGAGUAAAACCUGAGCCCUAUUGAUCAAUGUAAUUGAUGUGUCAAAAAGUAUAUACUGACUAAAAACCUAUAAAAUAAUGUUUCAUAUGAUCUAGUGAUACAGUAAACUCUCUACAUCGUUAUGUGUGUUUUAAAUAAAAAAAAACAAUGGACACAGUGAUCAGGUUUAGCGAGUUAUUCAAGCCAUAUUUGUGCAUCAGCUUUACUCCACUGUUUGUGGAUUUGUGAAUUUAUAUUUUCACAAAUUUUUAGCAUGAUUAGUAAUAGACAUUCAAUAUAUCAUUACAUUUAGUGCUCAAAUCUAUACAAAUUUGAGUCUAAUUAAUUCAUAUUUGUAUUUUUGUUAGAAUAUUAAAUAAUAUUUUAUUUUCAAAAAAUAAAAUACAGACUUAAUUAAAAAAAAA